AUGACAGGACAGAGUAAGCAAGACACCUUGGCAGAUAUGGGCGGGAACUGGAUUCCUGACUCCUCUGCUGUCAAAGGUGUAACUGCAGUAAAGAGACAUCGAAGCUUAACACCGCCUAGAAAAUACCCAUAUAGAGGAAGACUUGCAUUACAAUUAAUGACACCUCAAACAAAAUUGAAAAACGGAGGAUCUAUCAUUCAAAAUCAUGAAACAGAGUCAUAUGGCAUUGGAGCUACUGAAACUUUAUAUGAAAAGUCCAUGUUUAUCGGAGAACCAAACAGGAUAAAAUCUUCAUGCAAUAAUUUGAUACAACAACAAAGACGUGAUAUGUAUGACGGACCACCCCUAUUACGUGACCUCGAGGUAAACAUAAGGUAUGGUGGCAAUCCUACCAACCUGCAAUUAUCUGGUGACCAUGAUGGUAUGCUACCACCAGCUAUUAGUACACCAGACAGGACCAUGGUAGACCAAAUACACAAUAACAAUAUGAUCAUACCUACCAGAUCAUGUACAUUGGACGACCGUAUACAAUGCCGAAAUAAUAUGGUAUCGAGAUUACCCAGCCCUAUACCCAUGGACGAAAACAACGUGAAUUACUACAUCUCACAAAAGAUAAAUGAUGAAUUGGAAUCUUUUACACUGGAAACAGAUACAAAUGACUUUAUGCACAUAACAACAGGGAAUACGCAAUGUCACUCCCAUGGCAGCCAAUUAAGCGCAGGUUUAGAAACCAUAUCACCAAGUUGUAGUGACACUGGGCGCAGCCCUUAUGUCACCAUUUCUUCUAGCACACGUGAGAACAUCAAGGUAGUAAUACGGUUACGCCCAAUCGAUGCAUCGGCAAUACCCGCGAUUAGGAUUAUUGAUAACGUGGUGGAGGUACAGAAACCUGGCAAUGCAAGAAGCGUUUUGGAUUCACAGAGACCAAAAAUAUGUAAAUAUAAGUUCGACCAUGUAUUCGAUGCAACGGCAUCACAAAUAGAUAUUUUUGAAGCUACCGCUAAGGAGCUUAUCCCCAAGGUUUUCCAGGGCAACAACGGCACGGUAUUCGCAUAUGGGUGUACAAGUGCAGGUAAAACGUACACAAUGCUAGGUGACGAUAAUAACGAUGGGAUAGUGCAAAUGUCAAUACAAGCUCUUUUCGACUACAGAGCGGAAGAAACACUAGAAUCGGAUAUAUCAUUCUCGUUCAUGGAAGUUUAUAACGAAUCUGUUUUCGACUUACUAUCGCCUGUACAACGACCUCUAGAUAUACAAGAGGAUAAUGGCGAGGUGCGAGUAUCGCACCUGACAUCUUCGAAAGUGGAUGAUUUGGAAACAGCACUUGCACUGUUGUCCAAGGGCAUGAAGGCACGAAAAAGAGCAAUGACAGAUGCCAACAGACAUUCAAGCAGGUCACAUGCGAUAAUACAGGUUACUGUGGAUAUUAACGGUGUAAGAGCAAGAUUAUCGUUCGUAGACCUCGCAGGAUCAGAACGGUCAGGAUCCAGUGAUGGUAGUGGUGAUAGAAUGAAAGAAAGUUCAUAUAUUAAUCAAUCACUUCUGGCAUUGGCAAACUGUAUCAGUACCCUAUCUGAUACAUGUUCAGGUCGUAUUAAGGUGAAGUAUCGUGACAGCAAGCUGACACUGUUAUUGAAGAAUGUACUCUUUAGUAACGCCUAUGUUGUGAUGAUAACCGCUAUACACCCAGGUUUACAAUUCUUACACGAGAGCUGUAACAGUUUGGUUUAUGCGCGUAGGGCUAAAAACGUUAAAGUUGAAAUGGAUGUACAGAAGGAUUGCACAGGCGCCACUGACCACUCUCUAGCAUUAAAAGAAGCACACAUUGCCAUCGCACUUAUCGGCGAGACAAUUAAUGAUGAGUCACGUGAUGAUGCGAUAAGGGUUCUCCAAGCGACACCAUUGUCUGGCAAAAGGCAGUUGAUCAGCCUGCUAAACUCGCGCUACCAUCGAGAAAUGCGCAAGCUUCACCAAUGGGAGGAUACUGAACGCCAUAAAACAGGUAUAAGAUGGACAGAAGUAUUACGUCAGCGCAUGGAUGCUGUCAACAGGGGUGAACAAUUUACACACUUUGAACAACCUUCCACAUCGUAUUACAAUGUAGAACCUGAUCUUACACCGGAAAUGGAAGAUUCACAACCUCAAUCACCUGAACCUUCCGACAACGAGUUCGACGAUGCAGAUGUAGAGAGCGCUAACCCACAAGAGUCAUUGGACAGUGAUGCUGUCAUAGCCGGGGCUACGAAGGAAGCAGCUCCGCCAGAACCACCACGGCCUCAAAAUGUACCAGUGGAUCAUUUGGAUGAUUCGGAAUCCGAUACUAGCAUAUCAGAUAUUAGUGAGCUUGAUGAUAAGGAGCCAGAGACCAAGGAUGUUGUUAUCGGGAUGUUAGAUAAGAUCACACGACCUAGUAGUAAGAGGACGGCCACUCCUAUGUGGAAGGUUAAGCUAAAAUAUGGUGUACUUCAGGGGUCAUAUGUUGUGCCUUCGGAAGACGAGCCGCCAUCAAGGCGUUUCGCAAUAAUGACACUGGUACCCAUACCUAACCCUCGUGUCUUCCUAGACAUAUCUAUCGGAGGUAGAAAUGCAGGACGCAUGAUAUUCGAGCUAUUCAUGGACAAAUUACCUUAUACAUGCGAAAACUUCCGAGCGCUAUGUACAGGGGAGACAGGUUUGGGUUACUAUCUACGUCCUAGAUGGUACAAGGAUACACCAAUACAUCGCAUAGUUUCUGGAUUUGUAAGUGGAUACAUAAAUAAUAUGCACCUGACACAGAUGUGCCAAGGUGGAAAUUUUAACACUGGCAACUCUUAUGGAGGCGAAUCGAUAUAUGGUCAAUAUAUGGCUGACGAAUCAUAUGCAUAUAUGCAUUCCAAACGUGGGGUCUUGGGUAUGGCAAAAACAAGACACAAACAUUCCAAUGGAUCGCAAUUCUAUAUCACAUUCAAACCUUGCUCACAUCUAGACAAUAAAAUGGUCGUCUUUGGUCACCUGGAAUACGGCGACGAAGUUCUAGAUGCAAUAGAGGAGCAAGGAUCUAUGCUUGGCAGGCCAAAAAGGCCAGUCAGCAUAUACAACUGCGGUGAAAUACCGCUAGAUUGUGUAUAUGAUCCAGAUUUAAACAACCCUGUACGCAAGGAUGCGUCGAUUUACAUAGCAAAAACGGAUAGGGAGAAACCCAUUUUUCGCAAAGAACUAUGGGAUCGCGAACAGUCUCCAAAACUCAUCAUACCCGAUGAAGUAUACAAACGUGCACAUUAUAACUUUUAA